UCCAGCGCUGCACUGUGUCUUUAAGCUCCUCUGAAAACGAGCAAGAGGAGUCGCAGCCGACAGGAUUGUAUACAGUGUUUGUACGCUCAUUGCGAUAGCUGGACCUGCACUGUGAUACUGAAGAGGAGGGGAUAUUGUGUUGUUUUGUGUUUCCAGAAAAGACAGGAUGGUAAUUAUCGUACUUGUAACGCAUGGAGUAGAGUAACAGGCUCGAAAACCGCCCAAUCAUGAGAUGCCACUGGGUUGCCUUUGCCCUUUCUUUUAUUUUGCCUCCACUUACAGUGUGGUGCGAGCCAGUCAUCUCCCCCGGCGGGCCUCACAUAGUAGUUCCCAAGAGGGGGAAGCUGGAGCUGCGUUGCCAUGACAAUGCCACAGCGUCUGGCGCCGCCCCGUCCAACCUGAGGUGGCAGAGGGAGAGGGCUCGUCGUCUGGAGGGAGAGGUGGAAGAGCGCGGGGUGGCAUAUGUUAGGGUGUCAGCAGUGCAGCCAUACCACAUGGGUCGUUAUGUGUGUAUCAACAACAGCACGCUGGAACACAGCUCCAUCUAUGUUUAUGUGAAAGAUCCCCAGAAUGCCUUUCAGCGCACUAUAGUGAAUGUCAUCCUGGUGCGUGCAGGUGAGAACUGCACCAUCCCCUGUCUGGUGACCAACCCUGAGGUCAACAACUUGGCUUUGGAGACCUGUGAUGGACGACCUUUGCCUUCUGGUAUGAGCUACCACAGCAACCUGCAGAGAGGCAUCAUCAUCAGCAAUUCCAAGAAGGAGUAUGAGGGCUGUUACGUCUGUGUGGGACAGCUCAGUGGUGUCAAAGUGAAUUCGAGUCAAUACACUGUGGAUGUACGACUUGUGCCAGAGGUGACCCCAGUGGUAAUGCUGUCCCAGAAAGAAGCUGUCAUCCUGAGGAAAGGAGAGCAAUUUGAGAUUACCUGCAGCUCCACCAACAUCAACCCAGACUUCAGUUUGAAGUGGGAUUUUCCUUUAACAGUGCAUCCUGACGAAUCACAAACUUCACAUAUCCUGUCCGGAUCCCGUGGUUAUCGACGUGCCACCUCACUCUUGAUCAAAGCUGUCGACCAAUCAGACUCAGGAACUUAUCGCUGCCAUGCCCAAAACGAGAGAGGCACCAGCUCCACAGCGCUGCAGCUGGAUGUCCGAGAGCAAGGCUUCAUCACCAUGUUAGGGAUCCCAAGUCCAGUCAAGGCUGAUGUGAAGGAGGGCGAGAGCCUUAGCCUCAGAGUAGAGUUUGAUGCCUAUCCAGCACCAAGCCCCCUGUCGUGGUCUUACAACAACAAAAAGCUCCUCAACACUACUGAGCAUGUCAUCACCAUCCACCGCCGCAAAUACAGGUAUAUUAGCGAGCUCAGACUAGUGAGGGUCCUGGGUUCAGAGGGCGGGAUCUACAAGUUCUCAGCCACUCACAAGGAUGCAGCUGUGGAACAUUUCUUUCAUGUGUAUGUCAACAGUAAGCCGGUUAUUAUUGCCCAGGAAGGGCCUGUUGACGGACAGGUGCGGUGCAUUGCCACUGGCUACCCAGUCCCUAAAAUCAGCUGGUAUUUCUGUGAGCAGCCCCAUACAAGGUGCUCACAACUGCCCAAUGUCACCCAAUGGGAGACUUCAGAGGUUGCCACAGUGACGGAGUCCACCUUCGGCAGAAGUGAGGUGGAGAGCCGACUGAACGUGAGCAAGGAGCACUCUCACUAUCACACCCUGGAGUGUGUGGCGAGUACGGAGGGCGAAGAGGCCUAUGCACUGUUCUCCAUCAGUGAACGCCUCGUCCCCCACAAACUUUUCACUCCUCUUCUGACCGGCAUGGUGGCCACUGGGGUCAUUCUAAGCCUCAUUCUGGUGGUGCUGCUCUAUAAAUACAUGCAGAAACCAAAGUUCCAAAUCCAGUGGAAGGUGAUUGACAGUAUCCGUGGUAACAACUACAUAUAUAUUGACCCUACACAGCUGCCAUAUGACUCCAAAUGGGAGUUUCCUCGACAGAAGCUACGCUUUGGUAAAACUCUUGGCUCUGGCGCUUUUGGAAAAGUAGUGAGGGCCACAGCAUACGGACUUUGCUCUGCAGAUACUAUUACAACCGUCGCUGUUAAGAUGCUCAAACCAAACGCUCAUUCUACGGAGAAGGAAGCACUGAUGUCAGAGCUGAAGGUUCUCAGUUAUCUUGGAAACCACGUGAACAUUGUUAACCUGCUGGGAGCCUGUACUGUCGGAGGCCCAAUUUUGGUGAUCACAGAAUACUGUUGCUAUGGAGACCUGCUUAACUUCCUGCGCAGAAAAAGAGAGUCUUUCCUCAACUCCCAGGUUGGUGAUGGUUACUAUCGAAACGUCUCGAACCAGGCAGAGCCUCUGAGCAGAGAUAUGACUGGCACAGGAUAUAUGACCAUGCAUCCUUCUGAAAAAGAAAGGUGCACCCAGCCAGAUGACAUUGAUGAGUUAUCUCUGGAUGCCGAAGAUCUCCUCAGCUUUUCCUACCAGGUGGCCAAAGGGAUGGAGUACAUCACUUCCAAGAACUGUAUCCAUAGGGAUCUUGCAGCCAGAAACGUUCUGCUGACUCACGGCAGGGUGGCAAAGAUCUGUGACUUUGGGUUGGCACGAGAUAUAACUACUGAUGCCAGCUAUGUGCUCCGGGGAAAUGCCCGACUGCCGGUCAAGUGGAUGUCCCCUGAGAGUAUUUUCGACUGUGUCUACACUUACGAGAGUGACGUAUGGUCCUACGGCAUCCUGCUCUGGGAAAUCUUCUCUCUGGGUAACAGUCCAUACCCAGGGAUGCAGGUGGGCUCAGUGUUUUACAGGAUGAUUCAGGAGGGUCACAGGAUGAACAGGCCAGACUUUGCUCCUGUUGAGAUGUAUGACAUGAUGGUGUCUUGCUGGAACCACGAUCCUUUGAAGAGGCCCUCCUUCAGGAAGCUGGUGGAGAGGACGGAGCUUCUGCUUUCAGAAAAUACUAAAAAUGUGUACCUGACCCUCAGCAAGAACACCGGUCAUCCAGAGCAGCAGAGGGCGCCAUCACGGAGGCUAAGCUCUGUCUGCAGCACGACAGCACCCACCCAGCCUUUACUGCAACAUACUGUUGAUGUCUUCCAAGAUUAUGUCUGACAAAUUAACACGCACGCACGCACGCACGCACGCACGCACGCACGCACGCACGCACGCACGCACGCACGCACGCACGCACGCACGCACGCACACACACACACACACACACACACACACACACACACACACACACACACACACACACACACACACACACUGCUAUGAAACACACAACUUCCCCUACCUCCCUGGUCAUUUUUAUCCCUCUCCACACAAAAUACAAGAGCAAAAUUCACCCUGGCAAACACUAACAAUACGUUCACUCUUACUAACAGACACUGGCCUUUGUGCAUCUCACACACACACACACACACACACACACACACACACACACACACACACACACACACACACACACACACACACACACACAAACACACACACACACACACACAAAUACUGUAAAUAAAGAACCCAGCACAGGGCUCUCAGUAACUGAUCUCUAUCUAAUCUCCCCAAGUAUUGAUUUCUGAUGUAGGUAUUUUAGGUGCACACACGUCUCUAUAAAGCAGACUUCAACACUAACCACCCAUCAGAUGCAACUGCACCCAUCAGCAGAAUAAGUUUUGGCUCACAUUCAGCCUUAGAUUACAUCUCAAAUACUUUGGGGAAAAUACAGACUAUAACUAAAGGUAAUUACCUGACCUUGGAUUGAGAGUUCGGUGAAGCGAGUUGGUAUUGUAAUGAGUGGACUAAGACAAUUUGUUUGUUUGUUUAUUUGUUUGUAUUUUGGUCCUUGGACUUUUUUGUCAGGUGUUUUUUUUUCUUUUACUGGAUUUUUUAGACUUUUUUGAAUUGUUUAAAACACAGUUCUUUCUUUUCAAAAUUCAGUUGAGAAGAUAGGCUACCACCUUUACAUUCUCUGAAUUCAGUAUGGAGAAAAAGCCAACAGCUUUCUAGGCUAGCAUAGCUAAGAGACUGGAAUCAUGGGGAACAGCUAGUGUGUCUCUAGUAAACAUUAAAAUUUUAACGGAACCUAUUUGCUCUUUUUGUCUAGCUUGAAAAUUGCAAAAAGAAAUGUAAGAAAGUAUUGUGCAUCCAUUGAUCUGAUGCAUUGUUAUCUAAAUUAGACAACUGUAUAAUUCCUGUCAUGACAAUACCUUGCUAGCUCAAACAGUAAAAACAGUCCAAAAUCCAAAACUGCAAGGGGCUAAAGACCCAUUUGGCAGACGGCCUGUUAUCCCCAAAAACAAAGAACCAUUCUUCUGAGUCAUAAAACGAUGGGAAUGAAUUGGUUCCUUACUGCUCUGAAAAUACAGUCUCCCUAGAGUAGUCAGAGAGGCGACAGCUGGCCCUGUCCAUGGUGCUGAAUUAGCAGGAAUUUGCUCCAUUUCCAAAACAUGCAAAGAAGUCUCACACUUUGGCACUUGUGAAGUCACUUGUUAGCAUCAUGCAGCCAAGGAGUCCAGAGAAAUUGGCAGUCCCCAUAGAAACAACAGUUUUGUGGUUAAAGCAAAGUUAGCUGUCAGUGGUACGUCUAUAGUUGGUAAGGCUCUGUUAAAAAGCAUAAGAAGUGCAUUCACAGCAUAUCAAAUUGUUACUUCUUAAAUCUUAUUUGUUGUCUUUAAGACUAUCUUAAAACCAGUUUAAGAAGGCCUUGAAAAGAGGAACUUUCUGAUGAAGUCUAUUUUGUAUGUAUUUGAAAUAAGCCUUGGGAAAAUGGUAAGCAAGAUAAAACUUCUAACAGAUACUAAAGCCAUAAGUUCUGGAAACAUGGAUUUCCCCCGGUAUCUAGUAGCUUUGAAUACUGUGACUUACAAAGACUGACUGGUGUAUUGCUGUAGGUAUUUUAGGGUUAGCUUUAGUUUAUAUUUUUUGUGAAGCCUUUAUGGCCAGGCGUUUAGACCUGAUUACGUGCUCUUUUUACUUGAUUUAUGUCAAACAAUGUAUGCAAUGUAAAUAUAAUAGAGAUGUGCCUUUAGAUUUUUUUCAUAUUACUGUAUGCAUUUGGUUGUGACACAAAUAGCUUAGAGGGCAACAAGGAGAAAGCCUGGUUUUGAGGAUCACGCAGUUUUGAUACAGUUGGUUGAGUUGUAAUAAUAAAGAAUGUACCUGUGACGGUAAAACCAA